UAAAUUGGAAACAAUGGAUAAGUCCGAGUUGGAGAAGUACUCCACUGGCCACGAUGAUGUCAGCCAGCUGACCAGGACCAGGAGUUUCAAGUCAAAACAGCUAGUUCGCAGUCAAGCAAUCAGGGAAUCUCAGUCUCCGCCCAGGACGGUGUCGCCGUCAGCGCGCCCAGACCACACCGAACACAGCAGCAACGUUAUAAACGACGAGAGCGCUUACAAAAAUAACGAAGGCGCUUACAAAAAUAACGAGAGCGCUUACAAAAAUAACGAGAGCGCUUACAAAAAUAACGAAAGUGCUUACAAAAAUAACGAUAACGAAUACAAUAGUAGCGUUAUAACGGUAGAUGAGAACGUUGCGCAGAGAACGGUCGACAAUAAAACCGAAGUUAAUUCUAGUCAUAACGAUAGAUGUAGCGAUGUUAAUAAAUAUAGCAUUAACGAUUAUAACGAUUACAAAAAGAAGCAGCCCGUCGAGAUACAGAUCACCUCCGGCGGCUGGGACCUAGAGUCGCACAUGGAACAACGCCAGAGGACCAAACGCUGGCUCGGACAGAAGAACUUGUCUGAGUCCACGCGCGACCUCCUCUCUAACAGCCCUCGCGUGGCCUGCGUCUGCGGAUCCUGCGCUGCUUGUCCUCAGUGCAGGGGUCGCAGACGCAGACGCACGUGUCCCAUCAAGCAGGACUCGGGGAUCGUGUGCUCUGACGACUGCCUAGAUUGCUUCGAACCAGACAAUUCAGUGCUCAACGAGGGUACUCGGAAAUCUGCUUCGGUAGACACCGACGACCAAGCAUACAUCUGCAAAUGUCCAGAGCGCAAAGACUUCAAGUCAAAGAGCGCAUCCUUGAGCAGAACCGAUUCCGAUGACAAAACAGAACCCAGCGGACCUGAGCUGGUGGACUUCAUUAAGGAAACGCUGAACAAGAACCAAAAGGACCGCGCCACGCUACUGAAGAUAGAGAAGGAGCUUCACGCUCUGGUGACAGACACGGGCCGGUGCAUAGUUCGCUUCCCGGUGAUGACGUCAUACGGGCGGAUGCUGGUGCACCGCUGCGCCGCCCUGUUCCAGCUCUCGCACAACCUCGACCACACCAGCAAGAACUCAGUGCUCGUCUCCAAGAGCGGUACGAGCGGCGGGCGCGUCCCCUGCACCGCCUUCCGCGCCUGGUGCUCCGCCGUGUUCCCGCCCUCCUCGCCGCACGGACCGCACGGACCGCACGAGCCGCACGCGCCGCACGAACCGCACGCGCCGCACGCCAAGAUCCAGGUGACCGAUUUUUAUGAGGACAGAAACGGAGGUCUCACCUCAUCCACUCCGUCCACCAGGUCGAUCCUGAAGCGCGCCAGCCAGUCCCUGGACGAGGGGGGUGCGGGGCGGGCGGCGUCCCGGAGCAAGUCGCUGGAGCAACGCGAGCGGGAAUACGAACGGGUACGCAGGAGGAUAUUCAGCUCUGACAACUGUGCGCAGGACGAAGCCGCGUGGCCCUGGAACGCUGGUCCCAUCAAGGUACUGACUCCUGAAUCCGGCAGGAAGCAACUCCUCAAGGUGCAGUCGCUGGAGAGCUCCUCGUCCGGCGGCCCGUCGUGGCGGAGUCGCGGCGCCGUGUCCAAGAGCCACAGCUUCAGCGGAGCCCCGCUGCACCAGCACAGGAUACUCAGCAGGCAAGGGGAUCUGGCCUCCAGCAGCUGGCGCCUCUCUCCGUCGAGCUCCGGAUACAAGACCCUGAGUUUGAGGAGUACAGAUUCCGUGACUCCUUCACCGACUGGCGGUGCCAGUCCGGAACCAGCCCCGGUCCCAGGUUCACCGCCGGGUCCCGCCCCCGGGACCCUGGCGGCGAGCAUGCCGGGGACCAUACCCGGGACAGAGGUGCUGUGGGCCGUCACGGACAUGUCCGCCGUGCCGCCCGGGGCGAUUGUGAUACAUCCCCAGACCGGACGUCCCCUCACGAAUUCAGACGGCAGCAUCUAUCACUUCGAUCCGGCGAAUCCGCCCAUCGUAUACGAUCCCAGCGCCUACAUACAGGACGGACACGCGGACCCGCCCCAGGAUGACGCGUCCGAGAGGAGACGCGGCAGACUUGAGAAGCAGCACUCGUUUAUUGACCACGAAUGUGAGUGUCAGCCGUCGGAGGACGGUCGGAAGUGCUACUGCGAUUGGAAGCGUCAGGAGCCUUACCAGCAGAGGACCACCGCGGAUAAGGAAACGAACACAAAGCAGCAGACACCGGUCAAAACUCGUCAGGAGAGCGCCAACGACCGCGUCCACGAGCCGGCCAAUCAGAAUGCAGCGUACGAAGCGUCGACCAAUCAGAAGGCGCCCGAACAUCAGCACGCGCACCAGCCGACCAAUCAGAGACAAGCGUACGAACACCAGUCGAACGAACACGACGGACAGAGGAGCUACGAAGCGAGAGAUUCGUUCGCCAACCAGCGUUCGCUGUCGGAAGUGAAGCCAUCGAACUUGACCAAUCAGGACAGCUUAGAGAUGUCGCAGCAGCAGAACUACCCGCCCGGCUUCAGGAGCGAGGAGAUAGCUUCCCCCUCUCAACCCAUGAACCAGUAUUGUCAACAAGACUACAACAUGCAGCCGAUGGCGCAACAGAAGGCUGUCCCCGUUGAACCCAAUAUCAGGUCGCUGCCCGCGCGCGGCGUGCUGUACCCGGCGCAGCUGCAGGGCUGUCCCUACGUCGCGCAGUGCAGGAUGGAGCAGCCCAUGCCGCCGGUGUACCAGCCGGCGCUCCCGCAGACUGACGAGCAGAAGCACCUGGCGGCUUCCCCACACAAUCCAGAGAACACCUUCAGGAUCGACCCUAGUUAUCCGUACGGGGCGGAGUACCCGGGCGCCGCGUGCGGGGCCUGCGUCGAACCCACUGGCAUACAGCACGCGCACAGGAGCUACAACGUGCCCUACGCUGAGCUGCCGCACUACUCGCUCCAGAACCUCGUGCUGCAGCAGCCCCACCUCCAGCCCUACCCCUACCAAGAACAGCUGCAGUGGGCGGCGGUGGGCGCGCCCAAGCUGGUCAUGCCGGACCUGUACCCGAUGCUGCACUACAACGUGCCGUACCCACAGUACAACGUCAUGUACCCGCAGAUGCUACCACAGACGUACCCGAUGUGUCAGCCCGUCUACCCGCUGCUAGAGAAGCCAGACAACCCUCAGCGAAGCUUCACGAAGAAACAGAAUUCCGUGCCCAACUCCUGCCGCAACACCCCCCUCGCCACCCCGCCGGUGGAGCGGGGCGAGCCCGAGCGCGGCGCCGAGAUAUCCGACAGGAUACAGCAGAUCAAGGAGCAGAUGGCGCAGAUGUCGACCCGCGACAAGAGAAAAGACGACUGGAGGAAGAAGAACUACGGGAACGGAAUCCUCGGUAGCUACCCGAGUGGCAACUACGGCGGGAGAUCUACAGGGAGACCUUCGAACGAAUCACAGCUGAGCAAAGAGGCCCGCGUCAUCGUCAACUCGAUAAGGAAUAUGCACCCUAAAAAUACAUAUCAUCAGGAGGGGCGCAGAGAGCAGGAGGGGCCGCGCGGGCCCCCCGGCAGGCGCGGCGACCGAGACGACAGGAGCUCCUCCUACCGACCCCAGUACUUCAUCAGACAGAUGUCUCCGGGGACAUGGUGCAGACGCUCUCCCGGACCAGUUCAUCCAGUAUUAAACAACCCCGGUCGUCCCUCCCCGGAUUCCAGGGGGGGUCGCCGCCCCCAUCACGGCUCGGGCCCCCGGGCCGCGCCACACCUGCACUCCUGAAGCCGUCGGACAACUCAUUAGUAUUUCGACAUUGUCAUUAUCAUAACUACCCUCUCAAGCACGUUUCGUAGAAAAAAAUAACAAAUAUUGGAAAUCGUCCAGGGGAAAAUCCUUUUGUGGUCUGCGGUGGUGUAUUGACAGUCCAUUGACAGUGUCCGGUGUUCGUUUUGCGUAUAACGUUCUCUGUUCUAUGCGAGCUGAUAUUUAAUAUAAAAUCUUUUAGAACACGCACAAGUAACCCUGACGCUUGUCAAUGACUGUUCAAUAAAUAUGUCGACAAAAGAAAACUACGGUUAACAAGUCAAAGGUCGAUCUCUCUUGAUUUGUCAACGCGCAAUGGAAAGCUAAGUGUCGUUGGAUCACACGAGGUCGCGAGGUCAAUGACCGCGCGCGUCACUCCCCGCUUCAAACAAAUCACUACAUACCCUCGUUGUUUUUUUUUUUGUUAUCGAACCUUAAAAUACCAAGCGGCACGUCAGACGCACAUUGUCCGCAAUUACAAAACUUCCAAACGCAUAUUAUUCUUGUAUAUAAAUAUAUAACUUAAAAAGAAAAUCUUUGUGGCAGCGUUUUCGAUCUCUUUAUAUAACAAAACUAGUCAUUAAAUUUAAAACUAAAGAUGUUACCGUUCGUAUUGUGAGCUGUGUGACGGCGCAACUUCCGGGGGGUCGGGGCGGCUUAACGUCGACCGGGCCGUGCUCAGUCCGCCCCAGUAACUUGGUCACGUCAGAUUCGAAAUAUUUCAAUACUGUCCAACGUAAUCCACAAAACGUGGUCAUACUAAUACGCGUAGGGUAACCAUAAAUCUAUACUAAUAUUAUAAAGGGGAAAGAUUUGUUUGUUUGUCUGUUUGUAUUGAAUAG